UCAAGAUGUCUAAAAAAAUCAAUGGAGGCUCCGUUGUGGAGAUGCAAGGAGAUGAAAUGACACGGAUCAUCUGGGAACUGAUUAAAGAAAAGCUGAUUUUUCCUUAUGUAGAUCUGGAUUUGCACAGCUAUGACUUGGGCAUUGAGCAUCGUGAUGCUACAGAUGAUAAAGUAACCGUGGAAGCUGCUGAAGCCAUAAAGAAAUACAAUGUUGGCAUAAAAUGUGCAACCAUCACUCCUGAUGAGAAGAGAGUGGAGGAGUUCAAGUUGAAGCAGAUGUGGAAGUCUCCCAACGGGACGAUUAGAAACAUCCUAGGUGGCACUGUCUUCAGGGAGGCUAUUAUCUGCAAGAACAUUCCCCGGCUGGUGUCUGGGUGGGUGAAACCCAUUGUCAUUGGCCGUCACGCUUAUGGAGAUCAAUACAGAGCAACUGAUUUUGUGGUACCUGGGCCUGGAAAAGUGGAGAUGACCUACACUCCAAAAGAUGGAGGCAAACCAGUCACAUAUCUGGUCCAUAACUUUGAAAGCUGUGGUGGUGUAGCCAUGGGAAUGUACAAUCUUGAUCAGUCUAUCAAGGAUUUUGCCCACAGUUCCUUCCAAAUGGCACUGUCUAAAGGCUGGCCCCUUUAUAUGAGCACCAAGAACACGAUCCUGAAGAGAUACGAUGGCCGCUUUAAAGACAUCUUCCAAGAGAUCUAUGACAGAGAAUACAAGUCCCAGUUUGAAGCCAGAAAGAUCUGGUAUGAGCAUAGGCUCAUUGAUGACAUGGUUGCUCAGGCCCUGAAAUCUGAAGGAGGCUUUGUCUGGGCGUGCAAGAACUACGAUGGGGAUGUGCAGUCUGACUCUGUUGCGCAAGGCUAUGGCUCUCUGGGGCUGAUGACCAGUGUGCUGAUCUGCCCUGAUGGCAAGACUGUUGAAGCAGAAGCUGCUCACGGCACAGUUACUCGCCACUACCGCAUGCACCAGAAAGGCCAAGAAACCUCCACUAACCCCAUUGCCUCCAUCUUUGCAUGGACAAGAGGACUAGCUCACAGAGCUAAGCUGGACAACAACACUAGCCUCAAGAACUUUGCGGUUGCCCUGGAAGAAGUCUGCAUUGAGACCAUCGAAUCUGGCUUCAUGACUAAGGACCUUGCUGCCUGUAUCAAAGGCCUGCCUAAUGUCACGCGCUCUGACUACUUGAACACUUUUGAGUUCAUGGACAAGCUUGCUGAAAACUUGAAGGGAAAGCUGGCCUCUCUGCCCAAACUUUAAGGC